GGUAGUUCUAAGUCCAAGAACGGACUUAGAAGCCAAAGUGUCCGGUUCGCCGGAAAAUAACCUUUUUGAGGUUAUUUGUAUUACUAUGGGUUUUAUGAUGAUAAAACCUUGUUAGUAACUUGUCUAAGGUAUUCAAGGAACUUUCACGGAGUUGAAAAGGUCGCCGGAGUUGUCGCCGGAGUUCGUUGAAGUUCGUCGGAGUUUCGCCGGAGCUAAAUCGGGAAGGCUAGAACUUCAUAAGCUUCAUUAAGGUUGAGGCUAGAGUCCUACUACCUGCACCUUUGCCUAGGGUGACUGAUCGAGAAGGAAGAUGUGGUUCGUGCUUCCAUUCUUAUUUCAAAUGUAUAAACCGCUCAUGGAUUUUUGAACAAUAUUUUCAUUAAAACAGUUGGGGGCCUGCGUGCCCGUGUUUGCCACGUGUGGCUAAGUAUCAAACAUUUUAUUAUUUCCGCAUUUGUUUGAUUACGAUAUUGAUGUUGAUUGUAUGUGUUUACUAAUCGGUUUGGUAAUAGAAUCAAUCGGACGCCUUGUACAACUCAAUAGGGAUGAACUGUUGUUGUUCUUAUCGGGUUGUACGGCGGUUGUCUACGUGGCUCGGAUGCGGUCCGGGGCGUGACAUCACGAGAGAAUCAGUGCAUUACACAUUGGGAUUCCCAAGAGGAGCAAUAAACAUACAAGAAAAAAUUGACACACAAGCUGAGUUCACUUAUGAAAUGGUAGCUGAGUGGAGAAAGCAGUUCCCUAAUGAGAGAGGGCAAGUAAAACCAGGCGUAUUGAAGAAAGCUUUAGAGGAGAGCAGAGAAGGAGGAUGGAUGUUUAAGAAGAAUUUUUUGGUUCUCUUAGUCACAUUGUUGAUGGAAGGUAAACUGAAUUGCUAUGUGAACCAAAGCAUUCUGAAAGCUUUGGAUGAUGAGUCAACAGUUAGAGAUCUAGACCGGUGUGGAUAUACAUUGCACACACUCAUCAAAGCAAAAGACUUUUGGAAUAAGGACAGAACAAGACAUUUCCCUGGAUCUCUACUCUUUCUGAUUAUAUUCUAUGUUGAUAGACUGGUGUUUAAAGGAGGAGACUGCCAAGGAAAGCACCAUCAUUUAUUGGAUGGACUACUCAGAAUUUGAAUAAAAGAGAAAAAGAAGAGAUGGAAAGCGGAGGCAUUGGAUAUGGUUACACAGAUGAGGCAAAUCAGGGAACAAUGGAGAUACCAGAAGUGAUGGGAAAUGAUCCAAACAAGGCAACACAAUCUGAAGCUGAAUGUUCACAGCAGCCAAAAAAGGACGUGAUGAAGGAAUUCACCACAACAGCUAAACAGUUGGCUGAAAGCAUAUCAAUCUAUGAUGAGAAAUUUCAGCAGGCUGCACAGGCUUUGCCGGAUGAUGAAACAAUGAAGGUCCUGCUUGAUAAAGUACAUGGACUGUUCAACACAUACUCCAAAUAACAGCCAACAACUGAAAAAGCAAAAGAAAUAACAUUGACACCAGAUGAUGAUUUCUGGACAGAAGAUGUUCUGAGAGCAGUAGAAGCCAUUGAAAUGGCACAGAAGAAGAGAAAUGAGAGGCCAACACUGACACAGUACGAAAAGCCAAGCUUCACAGUACUUUCACAAGAAUCUAAUGAGCAACCUGAAAAGUGUAAUGAGCAUGUGGAACUUCAUAAUGAGCGUGAAGAAGUGAAUGUUGAAACAGAAAGCAGAGAUCAAAAAGUUAAUGAUGAAGCCAGAAACAGAUCAGCUGAAAAUGGAAAGCAGGUUGCUCUUGAUGAUGAAGGUUGUUGUCAGGAGAAUCAAGUGAAAAAAAAGACAAGUAAUCCCUACAGCUCCUCACAAGUCUCCAUAUGUUGGUAGAAUUAUUGAAAUCAAGGGCUCAAUGACAACUGAAGAGAUAAAAGUGGCUGAAUUUGUGUUUAACAACAACAAUGAUAAAAAAAAGUAUUGGAGGAAAACCAGCUCAGCACUGCAACAACAAGGAUGAAGAGGUUUGUUGAAGCCACUCGGGAACAAUUUACUGGAGCAUUGCCAAAACUGAACAAUAUGGAUUUGUUUUUAUUCCCGGCUGAAAAAAAUGGAAGUUAUUACUUAAUGUGCAUCGAUUUGAAGAAUACAAAGUUCAGCAUCAUUGAUAGCUGUGACAGGGAAAUAGCGAUAAAAAUGAAGUAUGGUUCCCACCAAACCACCUGAAAAGUGUUGUACUGAAGUGGCUCAGAGAUGUAAGGCACCCACAUGCAGAGAAAGUGAAAAACAUGCAGCCAGAAGUUGUAAGAAUGGCAUGGAGAAACAAUGCCAAAGAAAAUGAAAAAGUGUACAUGAUGAGGCACACGGAAACGUUCCAUGGAGAUAUUGAUUGGGAGUGUGGACUCGAAAAUGGAAAUGAAAAGCCAAUACAGAUUCUGAGGAUCAAGUAUGUGCAUAAAAUAUUGACAUUUCAGAACAAUGAAGUCAGGGUGAAAG